CUCGGCAGAAGAGCCAUAAAGCCGGCGACGAGGUGGUGGAGAAAUAGAAUGGAUCUUUGACGACAACGAUUAAGCUUCCCACCCGAGGACAGGCCACGCCUAGCUAUUAAAGAACCCAAUGCACUUGCGAUAAAGACCUCUUCCUACCGCUGCUGCUAUUUCUGCGACUUCUGCUCCCCUCUCACUUCCGUCUCCACUAGUUUUUGCAUCCUCCGCUCCUAUAUAUGUCUGUAUAUGCACAUGCCAACACCGAUCCCAGAUUUCCUUGAACCCACUUCGCACGGUUCUGCUACUUAUUUGCUAUACGAUAGAUGAUGGAGGGCUCGACGAGGGGUCAUCAAGUUCCAGCGUUUGGGUACUGGGAUCACCGUGAUGAACUCCCCAUCACCCGGUGCUUUGAGCUUGCAGUGCAGGCUGAGUGGAUCCGAGGCCAUUGUCGUAGCGAAGAUGGUGAUCUCUUUAAGGUGGCAGCCCCUGCAGAGACACCAGCUUGUUGUGAGCACCACCACAGAAAGGUGAAGAAGGGUGGCUGCAUAGGAAGAGAGAAGGAAGAGCUGCAGAAGAAGCAAGGGAGGGCUACAGCUCCCAAGGCCGUGGACGAGGACUUGUACAAGAUCCCACCUGAACUCCUCCACCACCAAAAGCCCAAGCGGGUAUUCAUCACUCUUAACGCGUUCCGAAAUCUCUCUCGGCCAAAACUUGGGUGUUCAUGUGACUGUUUGCAGGCGAGGAUGUUCAAGAAUCUGUGGUCGGGAUGUAUGGGACUCGACAGCGUUGCCUGAGAGGAUGUGAGGGUGCAUUCCAUUGCAUCGCAUGCGGAAAAGCUUCAGCACCGAAAGGGAUAUAUUAAUCCUCGAUGUUUCACUUGCUACUGUUGUCUCUUUCUCCUUUAGAUCACUGUGAUAGAUAUGAUGUAUCUUAUCUUCUCAGUAAGAAGCAUUU